AUGCAGGUCAAGUCCUUUGUCGCCGGGUUGCUGCUCGCUUCCGCUCUGCCUUCGGGCUCGGGGGCCUCCUCCUCCUCCAUCGACAUCCUUCGCCAGCCCAAGCUCUCCCCCAAGGUCUUCAUUGUGUCCAUGUUCACCCCCGAAGCCGAGAUCUGGCACGGCAUCCCCGAGUUCAACCUGCUGGCGCACAACAUCUCGCUCCCCGGCCUCUCGCCCCUGUUCCCCUCCAUCCACUGCACGGCCAACCAUGAGAUCUGCCAGCUCGUCACCGGCGAGGGCGAGAUCAACGCGGCCACCACCAUGUCUGCCCUGCUGUACUCCAACACCUUCAACCUGACCAGCACCUACUUCCUCCUCGCCGGCAUCGCAGGCAUCAACCCAGAGGUCGGCCCCACAGCCUCCGUCACCUUCGCCCGCUUCGCCGUGCAAGUCGCGCUGCAGUACGAGUUCGACGCGCGCGAGAUCACCGCCAACAUGCCGACGGGCUAUCUCCCACAAGGCUCCACCACCACCGCGGCGAACCAGUACCCGUCGUCGAUCUACGGCACCGAGGUCUUCGAGCUGAACGACGCCCUGCGCCACAUCGCCGCGACCUUCGCGAAGAACGCGACGCUCGCCGACUCCGACGCCGCAAAGGCCUACAGACAGCUGUACAAGUCCGACAGCGGGAUCUACGAUGCCGCUACCCAGGACCCCCUCGUCCUGGAAUGCGACACCUCCACCUCGGACGUGUACUUCUCCGGCCGCCUGCUGAGCGAGGCCUUCUCCAACACCACGAAGACCCUCACCAACGGCCGCGGCACCUACUGCACCUCGCAGCAGGAAGACAACGCGACGCUCGAGUCCAUGCUCCGAGGCGCCCUUGCGGGGCUUGUCGACUUCAGCCGCAUCAUCAUCAUGCGCACGGCGUCGGACUUUGAGCGCCCGCCUCUCGGCGAGUCGCCGUUCAUGAACCUGUUUACCACUGAUGCGCAGGACUCGUUCACCCCUGCGACGGAGAACCUGUACCGUGCUGGUAUUAAGGUUGUUGAGGGCAUCCUUGAUAACUGGCACGGUGGGUUUGAGAAGGGCGUCAAGGCGAGCAACUACAUUGGUGACAUUUUGGGAACCCUCGGUGGCGAGCCGGAUUUUGGACCGGAGGCGCAGAAGGUUGUGAAGAGGGCUAUGGCGGGUAAGAGGAGGGCUGGUAGGUGGUAG